AUGACAGACGAAAGCUUAGUACCUUUUCACUGGAAUCGAAGGAGAUUGCCUCGGAAACAGAGUCAGCAUGAAUGUUCCAGUAAAGCCAAUCGACAGCUGGUCAAGAGGAAUCGGCCAUCGUCUUCUGGUGGAACCGACCUUCGAAUCUCUUCACGCAACACUUCCACUCGAAAUGGAAUUAUGAAACAAGAGAUUCCUGGAAACCCAACUUUUCUUCGCAGACUUUCAUUUGCUGUAAAGGAGCAUAAAGAAGAGAUUCAAAGGUCGAUCUCGCCAGAAGACGACGGCUGA